CAAAGCACGGAUGAACCUGUACGCAGCCGGAUGGUAUAUGUUGGCCGGUGCACUGAGGAUAUGACAGCGGAGGAGCUUCGCCAUUUCUUCACGCAGUACGGGGAGGUUGUGGAUGUGUUUGUCCCAAAGCCAUUUAGAGCGUUUGCCUUUGUGACCUUUGCCGAUGAGCAGGUUGCCGAGUCUUUGUGUGGAGAAGAUGUGAUUAUCAAAGGAGUCAGUGUUCACGUAUCGGCAGCUAAACACAAAAGAAAGAGCCCUUUGGAGAGCGGUGGCAGAGUCCCAGGACCCAUCUUUGGGAAUUGGGGAUAUCCUAAUAACAGGCCAAACAAUGGAGGCCUUGCGCACAACCAGCCUAAUGACAUGGGGGAUGGUGGUGGCAUGAACUUUAGGCCAUUCAGCAUUUACCCUACAAUGAUGGCUGCUGCUCCGGCAGCCGUACAGAGCAGCUGGGGGAUGAUGGGUAUGCUUGCUAGUCAGCAGAAUCAGCCUGGUCCACAAGGUAUCAAUCAGUGGCAAGGGAAUCAGCCAAGAGACCGGCCACAGAGUUUUGGCUCAGGUAGUAAUUCUCAUGGCUCGAACUCUGCUAUAGGCUGGGGUUCUCCUAAUGGUGGCUCUGGUACUGGGUUCAUUGGGGGCUUGAGCUCGAACAUGGAAUCAAAGUCCUCUGUUUGGGACAUGUAG